CACCGUUCAAUAUGGGUUGCAAUUGCAUAGAACAAUAAUUCAACUGGUCUUGGAGGUCCCGGGAUCUUCUAUAGCUGCCGGUAGAAAUGGUGUUCCGCCGUCGCCUCGCCCGACAGCUUUCCAAAGUCUCGCAGGGAUAGAAUCGCACGUGAGUUUACUUCCCACCAAUCGGUACUCGGAAUAGGAGCACAACUCAUUUUCGAGGUUGGAUCGAUCGUUGCCGGCGGUUGAAGCCCGAGAAAUGGAGGAGGACGGGAUCGAAGAGAGCAGCGUGAGGUUGUUGGGGAGCAGUUCCAGCGGCGGCGGCGGCGGCGGAUCGUGGCGGUGGGUGGAUGGAACUGCAGUGAACGCGGAGCCUCCGCCUCUGUACUUUGGCGGAAGCCAGGAAGACGGCGAAUCGUACGGAACUGGAAGUGUGCGCAGAAGGCUAGUGAAGAAGCCGAGGAGAGUCGAUUCCUUGGAUGUCGAAGCUAUGGAGAUUGCCAGUUCACAUAGCCACCACAAAAAGGACACAUCACUCUGGGGAGUUUUAGCAUUAGGAUUUCAAACACUUGGUGUUGUAUAUGGUGACAUGGGCACAAGUCCUCUGUAUGUCUUCACUGAUGUAUUCAGCAAGGUGCCCAUUACAUCGGAUGUCGAUGUCCUGGGGACGUUGUCGCUGGUUAUUUACACCAUUGCUCUCAUUCCUUUGACGAAAUAUGUAUUCGUGGUGCUUAAGGCGAAUGAUAAUGGAGAAGGAGGAACGUUUGCGUUGUACUCGUUGAUCUGCAGAUAUGCAAAUGUCAAUCUUCUCCCAAACCGUCAGCCUGCUGAUGAACAUAUAUCCAGUUUCAAGCUCAAGCUGCCCACGCCAGAACUGGAAAGGGCUUUAGGCAUAAAGGAGAUAUUGGAGCACAAACCGUAUUUGAAGAAGCUUCUCUUGCUGCUCGUUCUGAUGGGAACGUCUAUGAUUAUCGGGGAUGGCAUUCUGACUCCAGCCAUCUCAGUAAUGUCUGCGGUGAGUGGUCUGCAGGGUAAGAUCCCUGGAUUCGGCACAGAUGCUCUCGUCAUUACUUCCAUCGUAAUUCUUAUCGGUCUGUUUAGCAUACAAAGGUUUGGAACAAGUAAAGUAGGCUUCACAUUUGCUCCUGCACUUGCUCUAUGGUUCUUCAGCUUGGGGGUUAUCGGUCUCUACAAUAUGAUCAAGUACGAUAUGAGUGUGUUAAGGGCGGUAAACCCUUUCUAUAUUUAUCUUUUCUUCAAGAAAAACGGCGCGAACGCAUGGUCAUCACUUGGGGGUUGCGUUUUAUGCAUCACCGGUGCUGAAGCAAUGUUUGCAGAUUUAGGGCAUUUCUCAGUCCCAUCCAUACAGAUUGCAUUCACUGUUGUGGUUUUCCCCUGCCUCCUCUUAGCCUACAUGGGUCAAGCUGCAUUCCUCAUGAAACACCCUAAUGCAGCUCCGCGAAUAUUCUACGAUUCUGUUCCAGUCCCUAUUUUCUGGCCCGUGUUUGUCAUAGCCACAUUCGCUGCCGUGAUCGCUAGCCAGGCGAUGAUAUCUGCGUCGUUUUCCUGCGUCAAGCAAGCCAUGGCUCUCGGGUGCUUCCCGAGAUUAAAGAUCGUCCAUACAUCAAAAAAACUCAUGGGCCAAAUCUACAUCCCGGUAAUCAACUACUUCCUGAUGGUCAUGUGCAUCGUCGUUGUCGCCGUCUUCAGAAGCACGACAGAAAUAGCGAACGCGUACGGCAUCGCCGAGGUUGGCGUCAUGCUCGUCAGCACCGUCUUGGUGACCCUCGUCAUGCUUCUCAUCUGGCAGACGAACUUGGCCUUCGCCCUCGCCUUCCCCCUCGUCUUCGGAUCGAUCGAGCUGAUCUACAUGUCCGCCGUUCUGUCCAAGAUCACGGAAGGCGGUUGGCUCCCGCUCGCCUUCGCGUCGAUCUUCCUCUGCAUAAUGUACACGUGGAAUUACGGCAGCGUGCUGAAAUACCAGAGCGAGGUGCGCGGGAAGCUGUCGAUGGACGUCAUGUACGACCUCGGAUCGACUCUCGGGACGGUACGAGUUCCCGGGAUCGGGCUGCUGUACAACGAACUUGUUCAGGGGAUCCCGUCCGUGUUCGGACAGUUUCUUCUGAAUCUUCCCGCCAUCCAUUCGACGGUGGUGUUCGUCUGCAUCAAGUAUGUCCCGAUCCCGGUGGUUCCCCACGAAGAACGGUUCUUGUUCCGGCGGGUUUGCCCGAAAGACUACCACAUGUUCCGCUGCAUCGCGAGGUAUGGUUACAAGGAUGUAAGAAAAGAGGAUCACCGGGCGUUCGAGAUGCUCCUGGUCGAGAGCCUCGAGAAGUUUCUGAGGAAGGAGGCGCAGGAGCUCGCCCUGGAGAGGAGCAUCGACGAGCAGGAUCUCGACAGCGUGUCUGUUCGAUCGUCGGACGACUUUGCCGUUCCUGAAUUCGGUGGGAUCGAGGAGCUGAAGGAGCCAUUGAUGCAGCAGAGUGAAAGGAGGCUGUUUUCUGAGGGGCUUCCGGCAAGCACGAUGUCCGGCGAGGAAGAUCCGAGCCUGGAGUACGAGCUGUCGGCGCUGCGGGAGGCUUCGGGAUCGGGAUUUACGUACCUGCUGGGUCAGGGGGAUGUCCGGGCGACGAAGGAAUCGGUGUUUUUGAAGAAGCUGGUGGUGAAUUACUUCUAUGCGUUCUUGAGGAGAAACUGCAGGGGAGGUGCUGCCACCAUGAAAGUACCUCACAUGAAUGUAAUCGAAGUCGGGAUGACCUAUAUGGUAUGACUCUUCGGGCCGGGCUGGGUUGUCGAUCAUCUGGUUAGUCUGAAACUUGCUUUCUGGUUUUUUUGCAUUGCUUCAUCUUGAAAUAUGACAUGAAGUUUAACUGGUUAUUGUAACUUGUAAGGGUUAUUUUAAAUAUUAUGGUAGUUUGCUACAAAGGGGUUAAAUAAUUUAAUUCGGGGAUGGAAUAUUUAAUGUUUGUGUUAGUCUUCCCAAAUUUAAUUCAGCAAAACAGAAUUUUUUUGCAAUUGAUUAUGAUAAAUCUAUGUGGAAAUAAUAA